AUGGCACCUACAACUGAGACAAGAGCCCUCUUCGGCGGUGCCAUAUCCAUCGAUCUGCCGUCCGGCUUCAUCGAUGCAAGCGACUUUCGACAGGUACCCGAUAACCAAGAAGUUUUCGUGCGCGACGAUUCCGACAUCAGCCUCAUCGUCGAAGUCUUGCAGCUUGCAACCGAUGAAGGUGCAGACGAGAAUUUGGACAAGGCUGUCAGAUUCCAUUUUUCCUCGCUAGCUCACGACAACUCCGCAACCAGCUCAACCGUCGACGAUUCAGAAAUCCCAUCAUCACACACGCAACCCCCAGCCACACCACCACCGGCGCUGCUCACCGGGACGCAGCUGGUCAGGAAGUUUGGCAAAGCUUCCGAACCCGAAGAGCAAGUCACCAUCCGCGUCGCGCUCUGGCGACUCCCCUCCAAGCACAUCGACCUCGUCCUCAGCCUCAACGAUCCCUCAAAGCACGACUCACCCUCGCCUUCUCAAGCACAGGUCGCGUUCCAACUCGCCGCUUCUUCCCUGCAGAUCCGCGACUGGAACUUGUUCGCCUGA